CCGUCGGAUCGCGAGAUGGAGCGAUCUGGGCCGUCCGAUCGCGAGAUGGAGCAUUCUGGCUGUCGGAUCGAGCCCUAUGCUCAGGUUCGUGCCACCGCCUGUAAAUCUCGUGCCCCACGGAGGGCAUUGUCGACUUUUCACACGUCGGCGUAUAAAAGGAACUCGCCCUCCGUUGCGCCCCUCCGCUUCACUCCAGCCGCCGCCGCCCCCCCUAGCCUCGUCCCCCUCGCGCCUCCACCCCCUAGCCUCGCCUUCUCCUCCCGUCCUCUCCUCCGCCGCUCGGUCGCCGUGCCCGUGCUGCUCAACCCCCGCUGCCCCAUCGGCUGCUCCGCCGCCGUUCAUGGCAUCCGGGAGGCACGCGGCCGCGCCCCCUCCCGUCAUGCCGUCAAGGGUAUGAGGCAGGGGUGGCGGCGCGAGGUUUGCCCUCCGCCACCUCACGGCCUCUCGCACCGCCACCUUCUCUCCCGGGCCUCCUCCCCAGCGCUCGAGGCGCAGCAGCGUGGACGCCGCCACGUUCUUGAUCCAGUCGGAUCUGGCGCAGGUCGCCGUCAUCCGGCGCCGCACGGCAUGAUUCCAGAUCGGGCGAGGUCGCCGCCAGGAGAGCAGGAGCGGCUGCUGCAGCGAGUGCAGCGGAGGAGCCCAUCCUGGUCAAGCCCCACCCCGGCGGCUGCGUGUAGAGGAGGAGAGAUAGGGUUAGCAAGGAGGAGGUUGUCCCUGCGAAGAGGCAGCGUGAGGCUGCACCGGCGCCUACCCAUCUAUGCAUGUACAGAGAAUGGAUGAUGUCAAGUGGGUAAGGACGCCGUCAGUACGUGAUAAGAUUAGGUGCUGGACUUCUGGGUACCACGUCCACCCCAUGCCCAAAUCACACAGGUCUUGCAUCGUCUCCUACUGACCACACAUGCCCCAGUGAUACUAAUAAUACCAGAACUCACCAAGAUUAGUAUUUUCUAAAACUUUGCUUCUAGGGUCCAGUAGGUGUUCUGUUUGCUGUUUACUAAUGCUCUGAUCUAUUUAUUGUUGCAUGUGCAAAUAGUGAUCCUUGUUGCUCACUGAUACAUGCAGGUUUAUUAACCUUUUCCUUUUCUUCCUAUAAAUUUUCUUUGAUUCAGUUAUUUGACUAAAUAGUAUUAUAUGCCCAGGGUCAAUUAGUACCUAAAAUGCUACCUUUAGUUUCUGCAAUUGUUAUUAUGUUUCAUUGAUUCAGUCCUGUAGUUCAGUAGUUCCAGUGGAUUUUGCUAAAUGGUUUUGUAUCUAUAAUUAGUAAAAAAAUGGCUUUGGUUGGUUUCUGCAAUAAUUUCCCUCAAGCUUUCUACAGUCGGAUAUUUAUUAGUUAUUACACAUAUAGAGCUCUUUAAUUUCUUUGUUUAUAAUAUCACAUUCCCUCAUUAGUUUUCUGUUAUGUGGAGGAUAUUUUUCUUUUGCUGUGACAUGUGCUUUGUUAU